AUGGGUCACAAAGCAAAUGAAUGUUUUAAAAAGAGUAGAGAUACAGAGAAGAAGAAAAAUAAGUUUACUAAAAUUGCUAAUUCUAAAAGAAAUGUUUUCUGUGUUGCACUUAAAGAAAAUAAUUCUUUCAAGGGUGAUUGGGUUAUUGAUUCUUGUGCUACACAACACAUGUCUCAUAAUAUGGAACAAUUUGAACUAAUAAGUGAAAAUAGUACAGAAAAAAUAUAUAUGGGAAAUAAUAGUGCUUUGGAAGUUAAAGGGACUAGAAAUGUCAAAGUUGAUAAUGGUGUAUUUAAAAAUGUGAAGGUUGUUCCUGAAUUGAAAAUAAAUCUUCUUUUUGUUUCUCCAAUUGCAAAUCAAGGGUAUAAAAUUGAGUUCUACAACGAAAAAUGUUUAAUCAAAGAUGUGAAUGAUAAUUAUAGAGUGACUGAAAUUAGUAAAAUGGAGAAUGGAUUAUAUAAGUUUCAGGAAUUUACUUCUAACAAUGGAGAUGAGAAUGUGUGUGCUAUUGCCCAAUAUGAUGAUAUGAGCAGGUUAUGGCAUGAACGAUUGAGACAUUUUAACUAUCAAAACCUCAAGCUUAUGGAUAAACUACAUAUGGUGCAUGGGCUUCCAAAUAUCUCACCAAGACAUAAGGUAUGUGAAGGAUGUGCAAUGGGAAAGCAACAUGUAGAAUGUUUCCCAUAA